AUGGCACGGGUGGACUCUCAGGACAGGCGGAGCAAGGUGUCUCUUGGCAGCAUGAUUCACGACACCCAGAUGUUGAGCAUGAACUUGGACUGUGAAGAUGAGGAUGGUAGGGAGGGUGGCUCCCUAGCAACUCAGAACAACACUGACUUGCCGUGUGACACUCAGUCCUGCAAAGAGGAAGAGAAAUGGUCAGUGUCCUUCAGUGCUGCACACGUGAAGCAGAAACCUGGGGAGACACCUGGGAAGACCAACAAUUACUGGGGAAAAAAGGAAUCAAAGAUCACCCAGACUCAAGACUCCGCCGGAUUAGAGGGGGCUCUCGGGGUCCCUUCCAGAGGCUUACACAAGGCUGUGGCUCAAAGGCAGGCUCUUCGGGACUUUGUGGGCAGUGACGGGGGCAAGAAGACAAACAAGGACCCAGCCUCCGAAGUCCUGACCAGCUUCUUGGACGGUGGAGAGUUUUUUGCAGCACAGAACAGUGCGGAGGCAUCCUCCCUAGACAAGAACUCUCUGGAGCAUGCCCCCAGGUCGGAGAGCACCCCAGCUCAGACUUCAGCCACUUCGGCCAGCCCAGCGGCAGGGUUGGCAAAAGCACAGGGCAGUCGAAAAGCUCAGGGCCAGGCGGGCCUAGGAGUCAGCGGGCAGGAAGAUCAGGGUCCCCACUGGCGAGUGCAGGGAAGGCGGGCCUUCCAGAAGGACAGCAAACUUCAGGGUACCGCUGAACACCACGGUGCCAAGCCCUACGUGUGCCAACUGUGUGGGAAGGCCUACUCCCAUCGCAGCACGCUCCAGCAGCACCGGCGCCUGCACACAGGCGAACGGCCGUACCGAUGCCCCUUCUGUGACAAGGCCUACACUUGGUCCUCGGAUCACCGCAAGCACAUCCGCACACACACCGGCGAGAAACCCUACGCAUGCCCGGACUGCCAACGGGCCUUCGUGCGCUCCUCCGACCUGCGCAAGCACCAGCGCAACAUGCACAGCAACGACAAGCCCUUCCCGUGCGCCCAGUGCGGUCUGACCUUCAACCGGCCGCUGUCGCUGCUGCGCCACCAGCGCACGCACCUGGGCGCCAAGCCCUUCCGCUGCUCCUCCUGCGGCCGGGAGUUCUCCGUGGCCAGCCGCAUGGUGGAGCACCAGCGCGUGCACUCGGGCGAGCGGCCCUUCCCCUGCUCCACCUGCGGCAAGUGCUUCACCAAAUCCUCCAACCUGCACGAGCACCAGACGCUGCACACCGGCCAGAGGCCCUUCAAGUGCGCCGACUGCGGCGUGGCCUUUGCUCAGCCGUCGCGCCUGCUGCGCCAUCAGCGCGUCCACACAGGCGAGAGACCCUUUCGUUGCGCAGAGUGCGGCCGGGCCUUCGCCCGCUCCUCUACCCUGAAGCGGCACCAACAGAUCCACUCCGGGGACAAGGACUUCCUCUGUGCGGAGUGCGGCAGGGCCUUCCGCAUCGCGGCCGACUUGGCGCAGCACAUCCGGAUGCACAAUGGGGAGAGGCCCUACCGGUGUGACGGCUGCGGCCAGGCCUUCACCCGCUCCAACCACCUCCGAAGGCACCAAGCCGAGCAUGACAAAUGCAAAAAGGAGCCUGUCUCUUCCUCUUGCGAUGAGUGA